AUGCCUACGCGUCGUAAAUCCCAUGCCAUCCUGCUUCUUCGCUCCGCUUUCCUCCUACAACUCACUUUCUCCCUCGUCGCUUUCGCCGCGUCGCCUGCGACGUUUCCUCCCCAGCCUUCGCGACAUCGUGCGACAGUUUCAGUCGCACGACCAGAUGGACGGGAUGGGGAGACCGAGGAAGGCGGGGAGAGCGGGGAAGGCGGGGAGGGUUGGGACGGGGAGACUGACUGGGACGAGGACCCAUGGCGGAACCAGCGAGUUUCGCCGUCGCCCAUGCUGCACGAUCAUGCGACAUCCGUGCGACGAGCUUUGGCGGCAGGCGACCCUGGCGACUCGCAGAGCAGCGCAGACGGCAUGUCCGCCGCGCUAGGCGCCGCAGGACGCGGCGGGUUGGGCCGCCAUAGAUCGCGGGAGGUCCGGCGCCUUGAGCAGCCAAUCACACGCAGCCAGCUGGCGCUUCUCAGCCUGAAUUUCUUCCCAGAAGUUUCCGGAGUAGAUGUGAUUACAGACGACGAAGGGGGAGACGAGGGAGGGAAGAAGCGGAGGGAGCAGGUGGCGUUGCCGAAUUUGGAGUGUGAAGGCGCAAUUUGCCCUGAAUUUUCGGAAUGCGGGCAGGGGAUACAGGCGUGCUGGAACCUGGAAUUCGUGGACGGGCUGAUGAAUAAAAACGGCGGAAGAAUUAAGGUUCCAGGCAGAAACGAUUCAGCAGCGAAUCACGACGAUCCUACUCCAAUAAAACCCCGUCUCAAUGCGACAGGUGCCAAUGCCAGUGUGAGUGCUGGUGACACAUCAGCAGCUUCCGCUAUCAGUAGCCCAUCAGACCCCCAAGCUGCUGCCUUAUCAUUAGCAAGUAAUGCCAGCUCAUCAGCAGCAGCAAUUCUUGCCCCAUCAACAGCAAGCGCCACUAGCAGCAGUCCAUCGAUCUCCAAAGAUGAAUUCUUAGCUCAUGCUGCCUCAUCCGCAACAGCUGUUGCUACACCUUCAGCGUCUGAAACGCCAAUGAGGAGGCGGUUGGUGGAGGAGCAGGGCAGAGGAGAAGGGUUUCUGAGGCACCUCCAAGAUUCAUCAACAGCAGCUGUUGCUACACCAUCAGUGCCUGAAACGUCAACGAGGAGGCGUUUAGCGGGGGAGAAGAGCACAGGGGAAGGGCUGCAGGGAUCAGGAGGAUUGAGUGGUGCAGUGCGGUUGAAAUGCCCUCCCAUCAGCUCACAGCAAAUCACGCCAGGCAUGGUGCUACUGCCCAACUGCUCCCUUGCCAUAGCCUCUCCAGAGGACGGGCUAAAGGCAUGGGAAGGGAGAAACGGCGAGGGGAAGCAAGGGCCAGGGGAGGAGGGAGAGGAGGAAGGGGACGGAGCAGAGGAGGAGGAAGUGGAGGAGGUAGGGGGUGAGGGAGAAGGGAAGGGGGUGCGGUAUGGGGGGGGGAGGGGGUGGGCGGGGCGGGUGGUGGAGUUGAGGGGCGUGUGGGUGGACGGGCAGGGGCGGGUCUUCAACGCCUCUCACCUCUUCUGGCCUGGCGGGUGCGGCAGGAGGAGGGCGCUCAGUGAGCUCAGCCCUUCACAUACCCGGCAUCAACACCAGGGCUCGAUUCCUCGUGCAGGAUCGCAAGAUCUCUCUGCCUUCUCUAUCCCCAUCCCUUCUGCCUUCUCUAAUCCCAUCCCUUCUGCCUUCUCUAUCCCCAUCCUUCCCCUCCCUUCUCAGUGGUUACACGUCAUGGCACCACACUACCUGGGAGCCCCACCGCAUCAAUGGCUGCACGUCAUGGCACCACACUACCUGGGAGCCCCACCGCAUCAAGUCACUCUGCUGCCCCAACCAGACAAGCCAACCCACCUGCUAUUCGUGCAAAGGCUCAUUCAGCAAUGCCACCUGUCCCGCCCUGCUAUCGCCCCUUUCCUCUCCUCCCCCCUCCUCUCUCCCUUCCUCACCAAACCCCCCACCAACCCCACCAGUCCUGCUUCUAGCACUGCACCCCACCCGCCCCUCCCCCGCACUCCUCUCCUCCCUUCAAAUCAUCCUCUACCUACCCUUUCUCUCUCCCAAAUUCUCCCCGUUCCCUCUCCCACCAGCCCUGCUUCCAGCACUGCAACCGCCCCUCCCCCUCGCUCCUCUCCUCUCUUCGAAACAUGCCCCCUCUCCCGUUUCCCUCUCUUCCGCCCCCCGAUUCCCCUCCCACUUCCCCCUCCCAUCCCAACCCCCCCCCAGCCUUGCUUCCAGCACUGCAACCGCCCCUCCCCUGCUCUCCUCUCCUCUCUUCGCUCACAUCACCUCCUCCCUCCUGAAGGCCUUCCCCUCUUCCAUGCCAACUGGACGCUCCGCCGCCCGCCACCUGUCCCUCUCCCGCCACCUGGCGGGACCGUCUCCACUGAUGUGGAGGCUGACGUUUCAGCUGACAUGGCAAAUGGUCCGGGAGGGGCGACUGUUGACGCAGAUGGGGACGGAUUCGCGGGGGUGAGGGGGAUGGUUGGGGAGGACUGGGUGGUGGUGGUGGCGGUGCCACCUGGCGCGAUGCUAUUGGAUAAGAUGGAGGAGAUGGUCGAUGGCGUAAUCCAAGAUAACUGGUGGAACGGCCGGGUGGUUUACUUCCGAGGAACCAUGGGCGUGCAGGAAGCCAGGGCUAUCUUCUCUCACGCUCUCCUCCUCAUCGCGCCACCAGGGGAGGCUCUGGACUUCAUUCUCUUCAUGCCGCCUGCUGCUGUCGUGCUCGAGAUUCAACCCUCCUCCCAUCCCUCCUCCUCCCACCGUGCUCUCUCUCACUCCCUCUCCCUUCGCCACCACACUCUCUUCUGCAAGCUACUCAACGUUUCCGGGCAGCCCAAAAAGCUUUCAUGUGACCGGCUCGUGCUCGCACAAGUCAUGCAAGCCCUCUCGACGGAAGUGUUUUUCAGCCCGGCGCUGCCCAGAGGCAGCCGGGCAGCGCGAGCUGCCCUUGGGAAAGCAUCCAUACCCGAUGCAUAUGCCAUGAAGCCAGGGGCGAGUGAGGCGGGGUGGACGGUGCGCGAGGGGGUGAAGUACGAGUGGGUGGUUGGGCCCUCCACAUGCCCGUCGCCUCAAGUGCCCGAGGAGAUUAAAGCCUUUGAACUAACAGUUAAGGCACGACUCAAAGAUGCUCAGGAGAAGGAGCGAGUUUUGCGAUCCCAGUUGGAGAAGAAUGGAACGGGGGAUGCAGCAGCAGCAGAGAAAACGGCAGCAGCAGCUGCAGCGGCUGUGGAAGCAGCAAAAGCAGCAACGGCGGCGGCGGCUGCAGCAGCAGUAAAUCUGUCAAACCCCUGGCUGCUGUUCAACGCGUCAGUCUUCUGCGAGAGGGUGGGGCGGGGCCGGCGAAUCCUCUUCCUGGGAGACUCAAAGCAGUACCAGAUGGUGCAGGUGUUUGUCAACCACAUGGCGUGGGGGUGGAAGGGAAAGAGGAAGCCUGCAAAAGAGUUGGUGAAUCUGGAGGAGCGGCCAAAGGCGUGUGUGGAUGCGCUGGGAGGGAAUGCAGCUAAAAUGGGGCAUGAGUUCUGCCAAUGGUGA